AAACACCAAUCGUAUUCAGUUCGCGUCGAACUGUCACUCUGUUUUGUUAUCGUAUAAGUAGCUGUAACCUUUUUUGUAACCCAAUUUACACAUUUUGGAUACACCCUUUAUUUCCUCUCGUACAGUUCUGUUAGGUGAUUAUUUAUUUAUGCGGAGAAACUAAGGAUUAAUACAAUUUAAUGGUGAACAUGCCGACUUUGUUAGAGGCCCUGGAGCAGAAGUAUGGGGAGAGCAGUACCGAUUCGGAAGGUUCAGAAGAGGAGGAGGGCAUUUCCGUUGCGAUAUACGUGCCAAGAAAACCACCCCGCAUGAUUGUUCCAUCAUUACUGGUACUAAACGACUGCAACAUCGCUUCGGCUGGCGAUAGGCAAGCGUUGGUCGACAAAUGUUCCGGCGUAGAAGAAUUGGACUUGGCGAAAAAUAAACUGGAACACUGGCCCGAGGUCUUUUCGAUACUCAAACAAAUGCCCCAGUUGAAAUUUGUUAAUUUGAGUUUCAAUCAAUUGUCGUCGCCCUUGAAGUCGGAACUAUUAGAGGAUACGCAAUGGCAAAAUUUGCGUAAUCUUGUUUUAAAUUCAACGCAAGUGCCGUGGCGAAACGUGCAGCAUAUCCUUAAUCACUUACCGCGACUGGAGGAACUACAUUUAAGUCUAAACGAAUACGACCACGUCAAUUUGUGUUCAGAAUGUUGUUGCGAAUGCAACAAUUAUGGUGCUGAUGAUGUCGAAGAGGACCGUGCCAACGAUGAUAUACUAAAGUGUAGCUGUCCCCAAGUUGAUUAUAAAAAAAAACAUACACACACUGGAAUUAAAAAAGUUCACUUCACUGGAAACCCCAUAUCGAAAUGGAAUGAAGUAUGCAAACUCGGUUAUGGGUUCCCCAAUUUGGAAUUGCUAGUUGUGGCAGACUGUCCUAUUGAAUCACUAGAUAUAGAAAACGGCGAGGAAAAUUCAGAAACCAACCCAAACUUCGUCAGGAGCGAAAGUGAGUGCGAGUCUGGUGAGCGAGCGGAGUCGCCACAUGACAGUUUCAGAAACUUAAAAGUUCUUAAUCUAAAUUCCACUUCUAUAUCAACAUGGGACGAUAUAGAACGAUUAGCCAAAUUUCCAAAUCUUCAUUAUUUACGUAUUCAGGGCUGUCGCUUAUGGGAGAGCCACGAGUACACGGAACACGAGCGGCGGCAACUGCUAAUAGCCCGAUUGCCUAAUGUUGAAAUCUUGAAUGGUGGUGGAAUAAUUGAGGCAGAUGAGAGAGAAGACGCAGAGAGGGCCUUUAUACGUUAUUACAUGGAUAAACCCGAAAGUGAGCGGCCUGAAAGAUACUUCGAUUUAGUGGCAGUACAUGGAAAACUAGAUCCUUUGGUAAAUGUUGAUUUACGUCCAGAGAAAAGGGUAAAAGUUACAUUCACAUGCGGUAAUAACAGUGAGAUUCGAUCCUUAGAUGUCUAUAGAACAGUCAGUGAUCUCAAAUUAAAACUGGAGGCGUUUGCAGGUUUUUCUGCUUCAAAUAUGCGAUUAUUUUAUGUUGAUAAGGAUUUACGUGAUCAUCAGGGACCAGAGGAAAUGCGAUAUCCACAUAAACAACUGUACAGUUACAACAUUCAAUCAGGCGAUGAAAUCAUCAUAGACUAUAAAGUAAAAAAUAAACGGGAAAAGGUAUAGAUAUUUAUUUUUUAAUAUUUACACCUAUUGAAAUAUUACGCAAUUAACCACUAACUGCCACUUUUAUAUUCUGUCAAAUAUAAAGAGUAUUGUAAAAUUAAAUAUCUUAAUACUUUAAUGUAAAUAUACCUAAGUAUACCUACAUAACAUUAUAUAAGUGCGUUUAUGUAUUAGUUGGAUAUACGUGUUUAUUACCAAUUAAUUUUUGGGAAUCGAAGUCGAUCAGUUUUAGUUCUAUGAAACUGAUACGCUUCUUUGUUGUGAUGAAAGUGAAAUAUAGUAGUAACAUCAUGAUGAUGAA